AUGAGAGAGAGUGGUUUGGAGUCUUUGAUGGAUGAGGUUUCUUCAUUUUGUGGUAAACAUGAUAUUUUGGUUCCCGAAAUGACUGAAGACUAUCCAAGAUCGAAGCGUAAGAAGUCCGAAAUUUCAUAUUUACAUCACUUUCGUGUGGAAGUGUUUUAUGCAGUUAUUGAUUUGCAACUUCAGGAGCUCAAUAAUCGUUUUGAUGUUGUGACUAGUGACUUACUCCUUGGCAUGGCUAGUUUGAAUCCGGUUGAUUCAUUUGCUAAUUUUAGUAAGAGCAGAAUAAUGAAGUUGGCCGAAUAUUAUAAAAGUGAGUUUGGUGAUAAUGAACUUCGAGAUCUCAGUUAUCAACUUGAUAGUUUCAUUGUCUAUGCUCGAGAGUGUGAUAGCAAGUUUCUCAACUUGAAGGGGAUUAAAGAUCUUGCUACGAUGAUGGCACAAACAAACUUGGAUCAAACUUGGUCUCUUGUUUAUUUGCUUGUAAAGUUGGCUUUGAUUUUGCCUGUUGCUACGGCAAGUGUGGAAAGAGCAUUCUCCUCAAUGAAGCUCAUCAAAAAUGAUCUACGUAAUAGCAUUGGUGAAGAAUUUUUGAAUGGAUGUUUAGUUUGUAAGAUAGAGCGGAAGAUAUUUGAAAAUGUAAGUAAUGAUGCUAUUAUAGAUCGUUUUCAAAAUAUGAAGUCUCGUCGAGUACAAUUGUAA